AUGCCGCUGCCAUUCCUGGAUUCUACGAAUAUGUCAAGGAGUCGGAAUCUGACUUUUGUUGGCUGGCUUUCCAGGGCAGCCGCGCAGCGCCCUCACAAGAGCGCAACCGGCGCCGACCCCCUUUAUAACAACAGGGCCAAUGUGCGGAGCGACGAGGCGUCGGUUUCCGCUGAAAAAGAACGGCAAAGGAUGUAUGAAUUUAAAUCAGUUUCUGAAUCUACUAACUUGCAUCUACUGGCUUCCAAGUCCAGCAAUUUACCUGUUAGAUCUAUCAGGCUGAGAGGUUACUUGAAUUACAACGAUGGAGAUGGCAUAUCAAACCUUAAGCUGGAAGAUUUGGUAGGAAUGAUACAGAACACCGAGAAGAAUAUACUUCUUUUGAAUCAAGCCCGUCUUCAGGCAAUGGAACACGCUGAUAAAGUUCUUAAAGAAAAGGAAGCCUUGCAGAGAAAGAUAAACAUUUUAGAGACGAGGUUGUCAGAAACAGAUGAACAACAUAAGCUUUCAAGUGAAGGGAAUUUCAGUGACUCUCCACUAGCAUUGGAGCUUGGUAUUCUAAAGGAAGAGAACAUUCUACUGAAGGAGGACAUAGAAUUUUUCAAAACAAAGCUUAUAGAGGUUGCCGAGAUAGAGGAGGGUAUAUUCAAAUUGGAGAAAGAGCGUGCUCUUUUAGAUGCUUCCCUUAGGGAGCUGGAGUCUAGGUUUAUAGCCGCCCAAGCAGAUACGAUGAAACUUGGUCCUAGGGAUGCCUGGUGGGAGAAAGUAGAAAAAUUGGAAGACUUGCUUGAGACCACAGCAAACCAAGUAGAGCAUGCUGCUGUGAUAUUGGACCACAAUCAUGAUCUGCAGGAUAGGCUUGACAAAUUAGAGGCCUCACUGCAAGCAGCAAAUAUUUCAAAGUUCUCUUGUUCUCUUGUUGAUAUUUUGCAGCAAAAAGUCAAAUUGGUAGAAGAAUGCUUCCAAGCAUGUAAUUGUGAAAUGCAUUCUCAGAUUGAACUGUAUGAGCACUCAAUAGUGGAAUUUCACGAUACUCUUAGCAAACUAAUAGAGGAAAGUGAGAAAAGAUCACUGGAGAAUUUUACAGGAAACAUGCCUUCGGAACUAUGGAGCAAAAUUUCCCUUUUAACUGAUGGAUGGUUACUGGAGAAGAAAAUAUCUUACAAUGACGCAAGUAUGUUGCGAGAAAUGGUUCAUAAAAGGGACAGUCGUCUUCGGGAAGCAUACUUGUCAUACAGAGGUACCGAAAACAGGGAAGUUAUGGACAACUUACUUAAGAUGGCAUUACCAGGAACUAGUUCUGGUUUGCACAUUGCCCACAUAGCAGCAGAGAUGGCUCCUGUCGCGAAGGUCAUGAUGAUCCAAGGGCUAAUUCAAACCGAGGUUGGUGGCCUGGCAGAUGUGAUAUCUGGUCUCGGGAAGGCACUUCAGAAAAAAGGCCAUCUAGUAGAGAUCAUUCUUCCCAAAUACGACUGCAUGCAGGUUGACCAAGUUAGCAAUCUAAGGGUUUUAGAUGUUCUUGUGCAGUCCUACUUCGAAGGAAAUAUGUUCAACAACAAAAUUUGGACUGGGACUGUUGAAGGCCUACCCGUCUACUUUAUUGAGCCACAGCAUCCAGCGAUGUUCUUUUCGAGGGCUCAGUACUAUGGAGAGCAUGAUGACUUCAAACGUUUUUCGUACUUCAGCCGUGCGGCACUAGAAUUACUUUAUCAAUCUGGGAAGAAAGUUGAUAUAAUCCACUGCCAUGACUGGCAAACUGCAUUUGUUGCACCUCUUUAUUGGGAUGUAUAUGCAAAUCUAGGCUUCAACUCAGCUAGAAUUUGCUUCACCUGUCAUAAUUUUGAAUAUCAAGGAACUGCUCCAGCUCGUGAUUUAGCAUGGUGUGGCCUUGAUGUUGAGCACCUAGACAGACCAGACAGGAUGCGGGACAAUUCGCAUGGAAGAAUAAAUGCUGUUAAGGGAGCAGUUGUGUAUUCAAACAUCGUGACAACUGUCUCGCCAACGUAUGCACUAGAGGUUCGCUCAGAGGGUGGGCGUGGACUCCAAGAUACACUUAAAGUACAUUCCAGGAAAUUUCUUGGGAUACUUAAUGGAAUCGACACAGAUACAUGGAACCCUUCCACAGAUAGGUAUCUGAAGGUCCAGUAUAAUGCUAAGGAUCUCCAGGGAAAGGCAGCCAAUAAAGCAGCCCUCAGAGAGCAACUAAACCUGGCUUCUGCAUAUCCUUCACAACCACUGGUUGGUUGCAUUACCAGGCUAGUUGCUCAGAAGGGUGUACAUCUUAUCAGGCAUGCAAUCUACAAAACAGCUGAAUUAGGAGGACAGUUUGUCCUUCUGGGUUCAAGUCCAGUACCAGAAAUUCAGAGGGAGUUUGAAGGUAUUGCAGACCAUUUUCAGAACAACAACAAUAUCCGGCUGAUUUUGAAGUAUGAUGAUGCGCUGUCUCAUUGCAUAUAUGCUGCGUCUGACAUGUUCAUUGUUCCCUCUAUAUUUGAGCCAUGUGGCCUCACUCAGAUGAUAGCCAUGAGAUAUGGUUCUGUGCCGAUUGUUCGGAAAACUGGUGGGCUGAAUGACAGUGUCUUUGACUUCGACGACGAAACAAUACCCAUGGAGGUGCGGAACGGCUUUACAUUUGUCAAGGCCGACGAACAGGGCCUAAGCAGCGCGAUGGAGAGGGCGUUCAACUGCUACACGAGGAAGCCCGAGGUCUGGAAACAGCUCGUGCAGAAAGACAUGACGAUCGAUUUCAGCUGGGACACCUCGGCUUCGCAGUACGAGGACAUCUACCAGAAGGCGGUGGCUCGAGCGAGGGCGGUGGCGUGA